AUGGGAAUCUUAGGUUUAUCAAAGCUGCUCUACGAUAAGUCCCCAAAUGCCAUCCGGGAGCAAGAGAUGAAGAACUUCUUCGGGCGUCGCAUCGCCAUCGACGCCUCCAUGAGCAUUUACCAGUUCAUUAUUGCCAUGAAGGGGUUCCAGGACGGGCAGGGAUUGGAGCUCACAAACGAAAAGGGUGAUGUGACGUCACACCUCAACGGGCUCUUUGCCAGAACUCUCCGCAUGAUCGAUGAGGGGAUCAAGCCCAUCUACGUCUUUGAUGGCAAGCCUCCGAAAUUAAAGGCCGACGAGCUGGAGGCGCGCCGCCAGAAGGCUGCUGAGGCAGAGAAGGAGUUUGAGAAAGCGAAAGAUGCUGGUGACGACGAAAUGAUGGAGAAGAUGAGUAAGCGAACGGUGCGCGUGAGUCGAGAACAAAUUGACGAGAGCAAGAAGCUUCUACGGCUCAUGGGGAUUCCUGUGAUCCAAGCACCUUCGGAAGCCGAGGCUCAGUGCGCAGAGCUGGUGAAGAAGGGCAAGGCUUGGGCGGUGGGCACGGAGGAUAUGGACGCCUUGACGUUUGGCUCCACGAUCAUGCUCCGCCAUCUGAACAUUAGCGACGCCAAGAAGCGACCCGUUGCAGAAAUUCACCUCGACGAGGUGCUGCAAACAACGGGUUUGUCCAUGGACCAGUUCGUUGAUCUUUGCAUUCUUCUCGGAUGCGACUACGUUCCCAAGGUUCCCGGGAUCGGGCCGCAAAAGGCGUGGGAGGGCAUUCAACGCUAUGGCAGCAUCGAGUCGUUUCUGGAGUCUCUGGACACCACGAAGCACCCUGUGCCUGCCGACUUUUAUUACAAGGAGGCCCGCGCCUUCUUCCAGAAUCCGGAGGUGACUCGCGCGGAAGAGAUCGACAUUCAAUUCUCGGAGCCAGACGAGGCUGGGCUGAUUCAGUUUCUUGUGAAGGAGAAGCUGUUCAACCCCGAUCGCGUCGACAAAGGCAUCGCGCGGCUGAGGACUGCCCUCACCAGGAAAACGCAGGGACGACUGGACAGUUUCUUUACCGUCACCAAGGUACCCCAGCAGACAGCCGCUGCGCGUGCGCCGCUCGCUGGUACAAAGAGGCCGCGCGAUGGAAAACUCGUGCACGUCUCCGGAACUCUACGAAAGGCAACGAGCGGCCACAAAAAAGCUGUGAAGAAGUAG